GUUAACAGGGAAAGAUUGCAAUUGGUUACGAAUACCCAAUCGGGGAGCAGCUCAGGGUUGGAGGUUAAAGGCUGCUCUGCUCAGAUGUUGAUGCACUCUCCCUUCCCAGUCCUUCAGUUAUGUAACUCUGAUUAUGGUUGUUUUACUGCACCGAAUCUGUAGCGUCACUGUGCUGGGAGCUGCUGCCUGGAAACUCGGUUCAUUUUGUUUUUACUCUGGAGGCACCAUUAGAAAAUCUGAGGCUGUCAUCAAGGCCAAGAUGAAGGUUGAGCUGUUGCCAGCACUGGCAGAUAACUAUAUGUAUCUCCUCAUUGAUAAUGAAACCAGAGAAGCAGCAAUAGUUGAUCCAGUGGAGCCACAGAAGGUAGUUGAGGCAGUUAAAAAACAUGGAGUAAAGCUGACCACUGUCCUUACCACACACCACCACUGGGACCAUGCUGGAGGGAAUGAGGAUCUGGCAAAGAAGGUACCUGGCCUCCGUGUCUUUGGUGGUGAUGACCGCAUUGGAGCUCUCACGUGCAAAGUCACGCAUAAGAAAAAGUUCCAGGUUGGUUCUUUGAAUGUGGAAUGCCUGUUUACACCUUGUCAUACAUCAGGACAUAUCUGCUACUUUGUGACAAAAGAAAAUAGUACUGAAGCACCAGCUGUAUUCACUGGUGAUACACUCUUUGUUGCUGGUUGUGGUAAGUUCUUUGAAGGAUCUGGUGAGGAGAUGUAUCGAGCUCUGAUCGACAUUCUGGGCAGCCUGCCACUUGAAACUAGGGUAUUCUGUGGGCAUGAGUAUACAAUCAACAAUCUUAAAUUUGCACGGCAUGUUGAACCAAACAAUGAAGUGAUCAAACGAAAAUUAGCCUGGGCUAAGGAACACUAUAAUCUUGGAAAUCCUACCAUCCCAUCCACCAUUGGAGAAGAAUUCAGUUAUAACCCUUUCAUGAGAGUCAGGGAAAAGAGUGUUCAGGACCAUGCUGGACAGAAAGAUGCAAUUUCUACAAUGGAUGCAAUCAGAAAAGAAAAAGAUCAUUUUAAAGUACCAGUGGAUUAAUUGCAGGAUAUGGCCACAGCACUGCUUUCAAUAGAUUAUCUACUGCACCUGGAGUUACAAUAAGGAGCAAAGUGUGUUUAGCAGUGAAUCUUCUAAAUAAAUUUAAUUUGCUUUGCAGUUGGAAUAUGUACAAUAUAUCUAAUUGUCAUGUGUUUCAGAUCAAUGAAAAUUGUCAAUAUAUUUAACUUUAGUCAUACAGUGAUUUGUUUUCCUCCAUUUCUCCCUUCAUUCUUGUCUGCUUGUAAAUUUACUUGUCUGCAGCCAUUUCCUGGAAGCCAAGCAAUUUAAGUGAUUUCAUAUCCAACCAGAAGUCCCAGAAAUAUUUCACAGUGAAACCCAUCUGUCCUAUUGUACCGAGGCAUGAAUAGCAAACAUUUGCAAUGAAAUCCUAUUGCCAAAGACAGAAAGAAUGUAACCCUGCAGCUUAAUAUGAAAGUGGCUGUGGCCUCCCAGGUCCUUCUAGAGAAAGAUAAUGGUAGUAAAGAUCACCAAGUUUAAAUAAAAAUGAAAUCAGAUUCUGGCUAAAGCUGCAUGCAAUCACUUUGAGAAUACAAUUCCAUUCCUGCUUUGUAGCAGCCAUUUCAUUAACCUUCUGUUAUUUAUUUACAAUUUUUGUAGGUGCAAAAAUCCCUAAAUACAAAAGCACUUUGUCCUGCUGUUACAUUAGAGUGUAAAAAAGUGUAUGGUAAAAGUAAAAUUUUAAUUUAAAUAUUAUAAUGUUGAUUUUUGCUUAUUAAUUCAGGACUAAAAUUAACUACAAGAAACUUACUAUUAGAACUAAAGCCAUUAAAUGGCAUCUAUAGGGAGAAACAAAUGGAAGGGUGACAAAGUUAAAUGAUGUGUGAACAUUUGCUUUCCUCCCUUUCAUUGUAAAGCUAGAACUGUUCUACUGUAUCCAUCUUACUUAUGCAAGAGUUUCUGAUAAUAUUACAGAUCACAUUUAGUCUUGACUUCCUUCUUGGAAUCUUUAAUUGUAUAAUGGAAUGUAUUUGGGAAAUUGUUUACAUAAAGUCAAGGGCUGUAGGGGCAGAUAAAAAUGCAAGAAACCUUUGUGGUAGAAUAAAAAUAUUUCAGUUCCUUUCAAAUGGUACGAUUUAGAAUCUAAGGGUAAACAAAAUAAUAAUGUAUUGAAGCAGGACUUUAUCCAAAAUUAGCUGCUGCUUGGCUGAAUGGUUCUCUGAAAAAACUUGUAAUUAUUACAGUUUGCUCUUCCAGAACUCAUUUUUAUUCAUAACCCAGAUUUUGCCCCCUCAAAGAUCAUGCAGUCAGUAAUAAAACCAGCACACGUUGACUUCUCUGCAUCACUUUAUAAUUAUUCCAUAGAUCUGUUCAGAACCAGGUUUAAGAGAACGAUUCUGUUGUUCCCUUCUGAUUAGCAUCCUUGUGUGGAAUCUACAGUAAGAGCUUCUCAGUUGAUAAUAUACCUGCUGAUUGUUUCUGCUUCUGAUUGCUUUCUUGGAACCAUAAUAUUAAUUUCGUGAAGUUACAAAGAAAAAUUAAAUUGAGUAAAUAAAAUGCUUUGUGUUAUUCAU